AUGUCGUGCAACCCUCAAGGCUCCUGCAAAGGUUGUUCCUGCAGUGAAAACCCUCAGCCUAUCAAUAUCGAAGACUGUGAGACAGAGCUCCUCGCCUUACGCAGACGUACACAUGAGCUAGAAAAGAAACUCGCCGGCCUGAACGAUGGUCUCGUGCUUCCAAGGAGCCGCAAACUGCGCUCAACACGUUGGUUCAACAGCGAGAAUGCUGGCAUGACCGCGUUGUAUAUUGAGCGCUAUCUGAAUUAUGGUAUGACACGCGAGGAGUUAAUGUCCGGUAAACCGGUCAUCGGUAUUGCACAGUCUGGCUCCGACAUUUCACCUUGCAAUCGACACCAUCUGGAGCUUGCCAAACGAGUGCGAGAGGGUAUCAGAAGUGCAGGCGGUAUUGCCUUUGAGUUUCCUAUGCACCCAAUCCAAGAGAGUUCGCGCCGGCCGACUGCUUGCUUGGAUCGUAACCUGGCUUACCUUGGGUUGGUUGAAAUUUUGCAUUCUUACCCCCUUGACGGCGUGGUACUGUUGACAGGUUGUGAUAAGACAACACCAGCUGCCUUAAUGGCAGCAGCUACUGUGAAUAUUCCUGCCAUAUGUCUUAAUGUUGGCCCGAUGUUGAAUGGCUACGUGAAAAAUGAGUUGGCAGGCUCGGGAAUGGUGCUUUGGAAAGGAAGGGAGAUGUACGCUGCCGGUGACAUAGAUCGCGAGGAAUUCAUUGACUAUGUUUCUCGAGGUGCGCCAUCUGUGGGUCAUUGCAAUACCAUGGGCACGGCUUCUACUAUGAAUGCACUGGCAGAAGCGCUGGGUAUGGCCCUUCCAGGCUCGGCAGCGAUUCCAGCACCUUAUAGAGAACGCAGUCAAUGUGCCUACGAGACAGGAGAACGUAUUGUGGAGAUGGUCCACGCAGACCGCAAACCGAGUGAUAUCAUGACACGAGAAGCAUUUGAGAAUGUCAUUGUCACCAACACUGCCAUUGGUGGCAGCACAAACGCACCUAUUCACAUCAAUGCCAUGGCUAAGCACAUUGGCGUGAGUCUCUCACUGGAUGACUGGGAUAAUCUAGGCUUCCAAGUGCCACUACUUCUCAAUAUGCAACCUGCUGGCGAAUUUUUGGGAGAAGAGUAUUUCCGCGCGGGUGGACUCCCUGCAAUAAUGGCAGAGCUACUAGAGGCUGGAAAAUUAAACACAAGUGCUUUGACUUGCAAUGGCAAGACGAUUGCGGAGAAUGUUCGCGGACAGCAGACAUGGAAUAGAAACAUCAUUCGAGCCUUCAAUGAGCCUCUUCUUGCAGAUGCGGGGUUUUUACAUCUCAAAGGAAGCCUUUUCAACUCAGCAAUCAUGAAGACAUGCGUGAUCUCCCCGGAAUUUCGAAAAAGGUUCCUUCAAAACCCCAAGGAUAUGAACGCAUUCGAGAGCUCUGUCGCUGUUUUUGAUGGACCAGAAGACUAUCAUAGCCGUCUUGACGACCCUGAAACUCCUAUUGAUGACUCUACCAUUUUGAUCAUGCGUGGUACAGGCCCCUUAGGCUACCCAGGCGCGGCAGAAGUCGUCAACAUGCAUCCACCCGCACGCCUCCUACGCCAAGGAGUCCACUCUCUCCCCUGUAUCGGCGACGGCCGCCAGUCCGGCACGUCGGGCUCGCCAUCAAUUCUCAAUGCCAGCCCCGAGGCGGCUGCCGGUGGCAACCUCGCAAUUCUUCGCGACGGAGAUCGUCUGCGCGUUGAUUUGAAUAAGCGGCGAGUCGACAUUCUACUCGAUAAUGAAGAGAUUGAACGUCGCCGCGCUGAUACACAGGCCCGUGGAGGCUAUUCUGGGCCUGAGUGCCAAACUCCGUGGCAGGAAAUUUUCCGUCGUGAGACUGAUCAGCUGAAUGAGGGUAUGGUCCUGCGUGAUGCAGUAAAGUACCAGCGUAUUGCCCAGAAAUGGGAAGAGCCUCGACACAAUCAUUAA